AUGAGUGUCCCUUCUAAAUUUACUGGUUUUACCCUUUCAAGUCCUGAAAAUUGGGACAAACCUAAAGUGCAACAAUAUGAAGCCAAACCUGAGAAAUCCCAUGAUGUUACCAUCAAAAUUCAAGUAUGUUCAGUAUGUGGUACAGAUCACCAUAUUGGUUCAGGAGGUUGGGGUCCGUAUGGUAGAGAUGAUUUGGUCGUUGGACAUGAAAUCGUUGGUACAGUAGUCAAAGUAGGUGCAGAAGUUAAGGAAUUUGCAGUCGGUGAUGUUGUUGGAGUCGGAGCCCAAUCUAAUUCUUGUGGAGAAUGUGAUUUAUGUCUCAAUGAUAACGAGCAAUACUGUGAAAAAUCUGUCUUGACCUAUAACCAAGCAGAUAUGUUCUCUGAUGGAUAUGUUACUCAAGGAGGAUUUGCUAAUUAUACUAGAGUUACUGAAAAACAUGUUUUCAGAGUCCCUGAUGGAAUGUCUGCAGAAGUUGCUGCACCUUUCUUCUGUGGAGGUAUCACGGUGUUUUCACCUUUGGUCAGGAACUUAACUCCUUAUUCUAAGCAAAAAGUUGGUAUCAUCGGAAUUGGGGGAUUGGGACAUUUCGCCUUACAAUUUGCUAAUAAGUUUGGUUGGGAAGUUGUUGCAUUCUCAAGAUCUUCUAAGAAACAACAAGAAGCUGCUGAAUUAGGGGCUCAUCAUUUUGUAGCUACUGGUGAAGAUUCUGACUGGGUUUCUAAACAUUCCAAUUCUUUUGAUUUAAUCAUUAAUUGUGCAACCUCAUUCUCAGCCAUUGAUUUGAAUCAAUUCAUUGAUGUAGUUAAGCCUGGAUGUAAGCUCAUUGGUGUUGGUUUGCCUGAUUUUCAUGAAAACAUCACUGUUAAUGCCCUCAAGUUAGGUAUGAGUGGUAAAUUUAUGGGUGGUUCAAUCAUUGGUAAUAAAAAAGAGGUCAAGCAAAUGUUAGACUUCGCCGUAAAGAAUGAUAUCAAGCCAUGGACAGAAGUGUUCUCCAUUAAUGAAGAUAACUAUAAGAAAGCAUUGACUAAAAUCUCUAAGUCUGAUGCUCAUUAUAGAGUUGUCUUGACUGAUUUCGAUGAGUUUUUCAACAAAUUAGCUUAA